AUGAACGAAAAGAACCCAGUCACCCCUCUUGACCCAGAAAAUGGACCAGCCGCGAAGCACCAACACUUUGAGAUCGCGUCUGAAAAGGCCAACAUGACGGCCAACACAGAGCGCGCCCUCGAAGCGCAAGGCCGAGAGCUCCACGAACUCCCCAUCAGCUACUGCCUCGGGGGCUUCGGCCUCAUCUCCCCGCUCAUCACCUACAUCAACAACGACAUCGGACCUAGCGACAACAUUCUAUGGGUGUCCCUCGCCUGGUUGCUGCUUCAAGCCAUCACCUACCUCAUCGUCGGGCGCCUCACCGACAUCUUUGGCCGGCGGUGGUUCUUCAUCAUCGGUUCCUGCAUCGGCUUGAUCGGCAGCAUCUUUGGUGCCGUUGCUCAGACGGUCAAUCAGCUGAUUGGGUCCAUGGUGUUCCUGGGAAUCUCGGCGGGUAUCAUGCUGUGCUUCUUCUGGGCGUCGGCCGAGAUCGUGCCCAUGAAGUAUCGCUAUCUUGCCAACGUGGGGACCUAUAUCUUUUCCAUCCCUACGAACCCCCUCGCGCCCAAGCUCGCCUACUGGUUCCAGGCCGAGACAAAAGUCAGCGCCCCCGUGAUCGGCACCUUGGUCGCGGGAGCGGUCGGCACAGCCUUGUGUAUCCUAUGGGAGCUUAAACUGCCCUUCAAGGACGUGGACCCGUUCUUCCCCCUUCACUUGUUCCGGAAUGGCAGGUACAUGGCGGUGUCUUGGCUGACCGGCUUUGCUUCUUGCAACUACUACGCGUUCGUGCUGCUGUGGCCAGCCGCUGUUACCAACAUUUACACUGUAGAGGGAAACUACCUGAGCACCAUGUUUGCUCUCCCGGCAAUGAGCUUUGUCUUUGGUCAGAUCGCGGGAGGGAUCGUUGCCAACUUCACAGGACCAAAGCUGCCAACGAUUGGGUUCAUGAUUAUCGCCACACCGCUUCUUGGCGCAGCCGCGACAAACCCUCUCAACAUGUCCAUGACCAUGGCAUUCGUCAUUACGGGCUGUUUUACCGUCGGAGCCGCGGACGCCAUCGCCAUCACAACCACCACGUUCCCCAUUCGUUCUCAGGAGGAAAUUGGGACGGCCGGUGGCCUGUCGGGGUUCAUCCGCCUCUUCGUGCCCACCAUCUCGGUAGCCGUGUACAGCACGGUGCUAGCCAAUAAAUUGACCACGACUCUUCCUGCCCGGAUUUCCAAGGCUGUGGCGGAUACAAGCUUCCCAAACUCGUCCAUACCUGCCCUGAUAUCCGCAUUCCAAGGGACUAGUUCCUUUGGGGAAGUGCCGGGCAUCACUGACCAAGUCAUUGAACUCGGCCAGCAGGGCUUCCGUAGUGGAUACAGCGACGCGAUCCGGAUCGUCUUUCUCACAAAUCUCGCCUUUUGCGGCGUUGCGGUCAUUCUCUCCUUCUUUGUUGCAAACAAUGAUGCGUCCAAGGAUAAUUUUGUGGCGGGUCAUAUUCACACAAAGGCCGAUGAGCAGGCACUAGAGCAGCAAGAGAAGUAG